UUUAAACCUGAACUAACGAUCAGCUGAUUUAAAUUAAACACAACAAAAGUUAGAGGGUUAUUGUAAUUUUUAUUUUAUUUAUUAAAAAAAUAUUUAAAAAUAAGUUUAAAAUGUCUGACGAAUCGGAUUAUUACACGGAGCCAGUUGAGUGCAAUAUUUAUAAAAGAAAAUAUCAAAUUUUACUGGAGAGAUGUGAAGUUUUACAGCAGGACAAUGAAAGAUUGGUUUAUCGAUUUCAAAAAAUCCGAAAACUUUUAAAACGUACCCGCAAAGAAAAAAAAUUUUUAAUAGACCGAUUAGAUAAGCAUGGUGAUCAGUGGCGCGACGCUCCGAUGGGAGUUUUGGAAGAAAACAAUAUUUUUUCAGUGACAGUUAAACCGGAGAAAUUAAAUAAAUGCAAAGUCCCCGUGAUUAAAGAAGAAAAAAUAAAAAAAGGCACCAAGCGAAAAGGAAUAAAAGCCGACCCGAAUGCUCCAAAACGUCCAGCGAAUCCUUUCUUUCAAUUCUGCCAGGAACAGAGGCCACGUGUCAUGGAGAGGCUCGCCGGAGAACCAGAACCCAGUAAGCAAGAGUUGACACGACAAUUAGCCACCACAUGGAAGUCACUCACUUCAGAAGAUAAAAAGGUUUAUUACGACAUGUACGAACGCUCAAAAGAAAAGUAUGUCGUAGAAAUGCAAAAGUAUAACAAGAAGAGUGAAGAAGCUCCUAGUCAAAUUCCUGUAAAUUUAUAACACUUAAAAUUAAUAUUGAAUUAUAACUUUAGAUAAAUCAAAAUAUUUUUCUUUAAGAAAAAAAAAAGCUAAUAAAAGUAAUUUUUAUUAUUUUUAGCUGUUAUAAUU